ACCAAACGACCAAUCUCCAUGGGACGAAAAAUGUCGGGACUCUCCACACAGGGUCCAGAAAUCAGAUAUUUGCGUCUAUGGCCAUCUUAAAGUUUGUUUCAUUGUAAAUCUAUGGAUUCUGGAAUUUUAAGUCCCUCAACUGUCCAUAGUGGAGCACUGAUUGUUUUGAAAGCAAAGAAACUUGAAGUCCCAAAGUCUGGUCUGUUGUUUCACAAUGGAACCAGGUGAUGGUGGGGGGGGGGUAUAUAACACUGUCAGCCUAAGGGAAGUGGGUAAAUGAUCUCUGUGAACAAAGAGAGAAUUUUAUGGUUUUCCUUCAGUCUGUGAAAUGAGUAUGUCUGUAUAUUUAUUUCUGGAAGGUCAGAGUGUGCUUGAGCCUUUUCUACAUAAGUCCAAUUUAAUGAGCUCACAUUAAAGAGGCGGGUAUAAUCUCCCAUUAAACUAUUGCUGGGAUAAUUAUUUAUAUUGAAGUUGUUGUAACAAUGUACAGCACUUGAGUUACUAAUGUCAAGUAAAAUUCAUGGAAUUGUUCCUAUAAAAAUCCCUUAACACUGUUCUAUGGCAACAUUUUGGAAAAGAUCGGUCACCCAGUAAAAGGUGGUGAUAUAAGAAGUUUCAAGUGUUUAAGCUAUUACUGUUAGAAUUAUGUUGUUUCUUACAAGAAUGACAUCAAAGGCAAUCCUCCAUUUUAACAAUUCAGUGUGCACUGAUUUGCCAUUACAUGACAAAAUGGAAGCUGUCUUUCUCCUUUAGGAUUUGAAAGAGAUGUCGGGUAAAGGUCAGAUGUGGAACUAAAUCCUGUUUGCCACAAUCAUUUGUUGAAAGGCAAGCUGAAAUGGAAAAGUAAACUGAACUAUUAAAAUUGACUUUCCUCUUAUUUCAACACUGAAUAGUAACUUGAAAAAAAAGUUAGUUGGAAGAUGUCUCAAACAAGCAAUUCUUUUCUGAAAUCUGGGGAUAUUUCUAAGUCAGUCCUUGAUAAUUUCAGCAAUUCCUUCAAUCAGAAGUUCACUGCUUUCAAUGACAAUACUCCCAAUUAUGUUUUUAAUGGACUUAAGAGCCCUGACAGGAAGAUGGGCAUAAAUGCUGUGAACAACCUAACCUAUGUGAGCCACUUUAGUGGUCAGUCAGAUAAAGCAACAUUUAUUAAGGAAAAAUUGCCUUCUACCUUCGAACAAACUGCUAAUGGAAACCUUGUUAAUGGAGACACAAAGAAAUUAAGCUGCAUUCAGGAAGAAUCCACUUUACUUUCUUUAAAGAGCAGCAGUGGUUGCUCCUCUGGAACUCUGUCCUCUACAGACAGGACCACUCCACCUGGAACUUUACUUACAAGAGGCACUUCAUUGUCCCAGAGCACUGGUAGGUCUGGAAUGGGACUGUGUAAUUUGGAUAACCCAACACCUAUAAAGCCUACUAGAAAAUUUCAAGACAAAAACAGCUUAAAAAGCUUAGAGCUGGGUUCUAGUAAGAACCAGAAUUGCAGCAAUCUAAAAGUAACACUUCAUUCUGAGUCAGAUGCCCUGACAAACAAUUUGUCAUGUACCUUUACAAGAGACAACCCUCUUGGAUCACCUCCAUACAAAGAUUCCCAGACUUCUGAGUUUCACUUAGCUAUGGAUUGCAGGAAGAAUCUGGUAAAACACUCCCAGCAACUCACAUGCCAAGAGGAUCAUCUACAGUUCCAAGCUGAAGGAAGUAAUGGUGAACCCAUUUAUGCAGAGAGCACAAAAAGGAAAGGAGUUUUAAGUAGGUUGGAGAUCAAGCCACAAGCUCAAAGGAAUACUGCAAAAAAUGUUAUACCCCCAAACAGUCCUAUUUGCGAGGAAAAGCAAGAGAUUACUACAACACAGGUUGCUGCUAAAAUCACAGUGAUGGCAGCUCAUACAGAAGAAGAUAAUAGAACGAUAUUUCUUAGCAGUCCAGAUUCAGCAGUUGGAGUUCAGUGGACAUGUAGCAGCCCAUCAUCUUCUUCAGAAAAUUCAAAUAUGUCACCAUUUGUAUGGGGAGAACGAAUCCAAGGAAGACAAGAAUUCAAAACUGCUGAGUUAAAUAAAAGGUAUUGUGGUCCUUCAGUUCCUAAAAGCCAAGGGAAUAGCAGUACUGUUGUGUCUUCCAUUCUGAUAAAACCAGAUGAGUGUUCUAGCUUGAAACUCUCCUCACCAACACAAACUGCUGGAAUUGUACAUUUGUCUUCUCAAAAAAAGGAAUCGCCUGAGGUAAAUGAAAGGUGUCUGCAAUCUACAGAGCGAAGGCACAGGUACUAUCAGGCACAGUGGAGCAGGCAGUGUAAAAUUGAUGAGGAAGAAGAGGAGGAAGUAUCAGUCUCCCAAACUUCAAGGAUAAAUGUGGUCAGCAAUGGACAACUAACAAAGUCAAGUUUUAAUUAUGAGGAAAAAUCAAGUGUGGAAGAGCAGAAAUCAAGGAAAGGCAUGAGUAAAUCUGCUUCCUGUCCUGUAGAACUGUCUAAAGCAAACCACGAAAAAGAUACCAGCCAGCCUCCCCCUCCUCCACCUAAGAAACAGACACGGCAUCUUGUGAAACUAAACAAGAGUAGCACUGAUCUAGAGGUGGUGAGCCUUGGCUCAGUGGAGAGUCUGGGAGAAUCAUUUAAAGCCACACAUGUUUCAAACGUGAAUGUCAGCUUCAGCACCGGCUCCAUAGACAGCCUUGAUUCCAGAACGUGCAGUGAAGAAGGUCACUCUUAUGAAGUAGUGAAUUCACCUUCCGUUUCUCCUGGAGGCGAAAAGAAACAUUUCACAAAGAUCUUAUCUCUGGAUUCUGGGAAGGAUACUCAACAUGGAGCCAUUCAACCACCUCCUUUGCCUGUAAAGAAAUCAAUGAAUAGAGCUUCUUCAGUACCGGACAACUCUGCUUUGGGAAGGACUAAUCCUUCAAGAACUUUAAUUACCUCAAACAAUCCCCGAUACAAUAUUAGCCAGUCAGAAAACAAUGUAUGUGGAGAUAUAGCAACACAGUCCAGUUUACUUUUAAGUCCUGGAGAAAAACACGUCAUGUUUUCCUCCUCUGAAUCCCUAGAGAAAUGUUGCAAAGGUAGUGGUCACAGAAAUGAAAUAAGAAGCAGAAACUCUGUUCAGGGAAAAGGUCUUUCUUCUUCUCAGUUGAGCGUUUCUAGUCAUAUUUCCUCAGGAUCCAGCCUUCAGCUCCACCACCUGCUGAGUAACAUUGACAGCAAAGAGGGAAUGUAUGGCAAGCUUAGUGGACUUUAUGCUCAAUCCAUGCGCCGCUUAGUGAACAAAUGUGAAGACCAUUUUAUGAGGGAACAAAAACAAGAACUCCAUUUCAAUGAAAACAACUGGUCACUCUUCAAGUUAACGAGUAACAAACCAUGCUGUAUUGCUGGGGAUGCCAUUUAUUAUUGUGUCACAUGUUCAAAAGAUCCAAAUAACAACUAUUCUGUAAAGAUGUGCAAGGCUGAGGAUGCAAAAGCUCCAUCAAGUCUGUCACUCCCAGUCCACUUUAACAUACAGCAGGAAUGUGGAAGUUUUGUGGCCACCGUUCCAUUAAGUAUGUUAAAUCCACCCGACAUACCCAAGGGCCCUUCUUCUAAUGAGAGUUCUCAGACUGUGGGUCCAGCUAGUGAGCAGGAGUGUGUGGUGGUGAUCACCAGAGAGGUUCCCUACCUCACCUCUGCAGAAUUUGUAGAUGAGUCUGUGUCUGCCCACCAACUGCAGCCUGAUGUGUAUGAACGUCAGGUUUGCCUUCUCUUGCUCCAGCUCUGUAAUGGUUUGGAGCAUCUAAAGGAACAUGGCAUUAUCCAUAGAGAUCUGUGCUUGGAAAAUCUCUUGCUCGUUCAUCGGCAGACUUCUGCUGAAAAGAUCAAAGAUGUAAAAUAUGUUCCUAGGCUUAUUGUUAGUAAUUUUUCCAAAGCCAAACAAAGACCUGGCUGUGAGGAGUCCAAGCCGAUGAGAGAUAAAACAAGACUGGCACCUGAAAUUAUGGCAGCUUCCCAAUAUAAAAAAUUUGAUGAGUUUCAGACAGGAAUACUUAUUUAUGAACUACUCCAUCAACCCAAUCCAUUUGAGGUCCGCACAAGCCUUCAUGAACAUGAUUACAGCCAGAAAGACUUGCCAUCACUUCCAGCUCUGUCUGUUUAUUCUCGCGGGCUUCAGCACCUUGCUCACUUGCUGCUUGAAGCUGAUCCAAUUAAACGGAUUCGUAUUUCGGAGGCUAAACGAAUACUUCAAUGCCUCUUGUGGGGUCCAAGAAAAGACUUGACAGAUCAACCCUUUAGCCAUGAGGAAGCUUUCCACUGUGCUCUUCAAAAUUGGAUUGACAUGAAACGUGCUCUUCUGAUGAUGAAGUUCGCUGAGCAGGCCCUUGAGCCCCAGCAAAAUAUUUCAUUGGAGGACUGGCUCUGCUGCCAGUACUUAGCAUCAGCAGAUCCAUGUUAUCUGUAUAAAACACUUAAACUCAUUAAGUUAAUUGCAACUGUGUCCUCCAGUGACAAAAUUUAAAUAAACCUGGGCAGCAAACCUGAUAAAAUUUUCCCUUUUGCCACUGGAAGGGUGGGUUAUACAAACAAUUCUUUGCACAACGCUGGCAUUAAAGAGGUUAUCACUGAUGAACCCCAUCAGAAAAUUAACACACAUCUCCUUAACUUUGCAUAACUAUUGUUUGUUCUUCAGAUAAUCAUUAACACUUCUUGGUUGCUCAAGAAUUUAUCCCCAUUGUUCUGAAAAAAAAUGUCGUUGUCAAGUAGGAUCACUGAAACUUUCAGUGUCCAGAGCUGCUGCAGUUUAAAUUAGAAUACAUAUACAUCUGUAUUAACCACAAACAAACCUGUUGGCAGUCUUUCCUUGUAACUCCACUUACUGGUUUGUAAUUUAAAAGCUAUUUAAAAGAUGUUAAGAUGUUGAAAGCUUACUUACUAUCACUAUUCUUAGCAUAUUGUUUUGUAGUGUGUUUACCAGACAACAAGCCUUCAGUUGUUUUCAUAGUCACCCAAAAGUACAGGUGCUGCAUUUUCUUUAGGAAUGUAAAUUAGACUGUGGCCGUAAUUUUUUUCCCUCCUUUAGACUAACGGCUUUUAGAUUAGUGCAGGUAUUCAUUUCAAUACACAGGAUAUGUAUAGUAAUAAAACUUGUUUUGUGUUCAGGGAGUUACAAAAAGCCCCACCAACACAUAAUAAGAAGCUCUUUACUUGAUUCAUAGCUACAUAUAAAAUCUGUUUCAAAAAAGAAUUUUCCCGCACAGCUUGAUUGAUUUAGACUUAUGCUUUAAAUCAGGGAUCUGCAACCUGGGGCUCUUAAACUGUAGCUUAUCUUUAUCACCCAGCAUCCAAUAUGUUAGCAGAUAUUACUGGGAGUUGCAGUUAGGCAACAGCUGGAGAACCCCCUGGUUUUUAGAUCUUUAGUAUAAUGUGUAAAUAUGUUUUGCUUUGUACAUUGUAGAUGUGUAUAUGCUUGUGUAUAUAUAAAUAUAUUGUGUAUUUUUCUGUCUAAGGGACUAAAACACAUUGCAGAGCAAUGAUAUACAGUGUCUACUUGGACAAUUUAGGUUUAAAAUGUUUACAAAACAAUUUCAAAAGUACUUAACUUGAGAUGCAAGAAAGUUGAGAAAGAACUCUUUUUUUUUGUACUUCAGAAUACUGAAUUUUGUAAAAAAUAAAAUUAAAAAAUGCUAA